AUGGCGACUCCAUCCAAUGAUAUCAAGUCCAAGGUCUCGAUCGAGCACAUCGAUACACUAGACAAACCGCAAAAUGUCGUUGCAUUGGACAAAUUCGGAGCCGCUACCGAGUAUACCCCUGAAGAGAAAUCUCUGGUCAGGAAGUUGGAUACCCAUAUGAUGCCAAUGCUUUGGAUCAUGUACUUCAUGAAUUUCCUUGAUCGUAAUGCCAUUGUCAACGGGAAGAUCAACGGCAUGGACAAGGAUCUCAAUUUGCAGGGGACAGAAUACAACACAUGCGUGAGCAUCUUCUUCGUCGGUUAUCUCGUGGGGCAGGUACCUUCAAAUAUGCUCUUGACUCGUGUCAAGCCCUCCCACUACAUGGCCGGUUGGACGAUGGCAUGGGCAAUCGUAUCGACACUCAUGGUUCUCGUGAAAGACUACCACGGCAUGUUGGCAUGCAGACUUGUACUCGGAAUGACGGAGGCGCCGUUCUACCCGGGAGCACUGUACAUGAUCAGCUCUUUUUACACACGUAAGGAGACCGCAACGAGGAUGUCGGUGUUCUAUACUGGCAACUUGCUUGCGAGUUCCUUCUCUGGUCUUAUCGCAGCUGGAAUAUUCGCCGGACUGGACGGGAAAAAGGGCUUGGAAGGAUGGAGAUGGCUGUUCCUCAUUCAGGGAGUCUUCACAGUUCUCAUCGCGGCGAUGGCAUUCUUCCUCCUACCUAACGCACCCCUUCAAACCCGGUGGCUCACUCCGGCCCAGCGACAACUAGCACAUAGCCGCAUCGAACAAGAUACGACCCAGAAGCGAGACAAGGUCAACGUCUGGAAAGGUCUCCGAGAGGCAGCAGUCGACUACCGCACCUGGGUCUUUGCACUCAUGCAAAACCUUCACUUGUCAGCGAAUGGCUUCAAGAAUUUCCUACCAACAGUCGUAAAGACAUUAGGUUUCAAUCAGACCAUCACCCUCGUACUGACCUGUCCUCCGUAUCUCAUCUCAGCCUUUGUGUCGGUAGCAGUAUCCUGGUCUUCUGGUCGGUUCAAUGAGCGCACCUGGCACAUCACGCUCUCCAAGGCCGUCGCGAUUGUAGGCUUCAUCGUGGGAACUGCCACCUUGAACAUUGGCGCGCGGUAUUUCGCCAUGGUGCUCUUCGUAGGAGCGACGUAUGGUGUCAACAACAUCGUGCUAGCUUGGACCGCCGCUGUACUCGGCCAGACGGACGAGAAGAAAUCAGUCGCGUUGGCUAUCGUCAAUACAUUGGGCAACCUCUCCUUCGUUUACACACCGUAUCUGUGGCCCGACAGCGAUGCACCGCGCUUUGGCAAGGCCAUGUAUGCGAGCGUGGGCUUCUCGGCGGGUGUGGUACUGUGUGCGUGGGUGAUGAGACUUAUCUUGAUGAGAGACAACAAGAAGAUCCGUGCAUCGGACAACGAGGCUAUCAACUUCUACGUGUACUAA